UACGGCAGGCCCAUAGAUGAGUCGCCUUUCAGCAUCAUGGCGCAGCAACAGGCACUCUGGCGGGUCAGCAUCGCCUGGCACCGCUUUCUGCAGUUCAGCUCAACGCUAAAGACGCCGCCCGCGAAGGGAACCCAGGCUGCUGAAGCCAGAAAGGAGGCGGUAGAGGAACAGUUCCGGCGCUGGAAGCAGAUGCGGAGGGUGGACGUUCAGGCGGCGCUCGAGCGGCUGCAGGGGAAGGGCGCCACAUUCAGGAGCUUGCAGCAGCCCGCCAUAGAGGCCAUCAUGAAGCAGAUGGGCCCCGUGGUGAUGAUCAUGGGCACAGGCGGAGGCAAGAGCGCGACAUUCAUGCUGCUGGCGUCGUGCUCCACUGGCGUCACGAUCGUGGUCGUCCCCGUGGUUGCGCUCAAGCAGAACAUGAUGGACCGCUGCAAAGCCGCUGGGAUUGACUGCGUCCUGUGGGACAGCCAGCGGCCGCACGAGUGGGCUUCGAUCGUGCUGGUGGUGCCCAAGUCUGUGGCCACGCUAGCAUUUGAGCAGUUCAUCAACCAGCAGCAAUCCAUGGGCCAGCUGGACCACGUCGUCAUCGACGAGUGCCACAACAUACUGGACUCAGUCAAGGGCUGGCGGACCAAGGUGCUGAAGCUGCGCGAGCUGGUCAAGGCGGAGACGCAGCUUGUGUGCUUGACAGCGACACUGAAGCCCACAGAGGAGAGCGAGUUCACCUGGCUGAUGGCGCUGCCGCUAAAGGAGCAGUGCGAGUGGUUUCGUGCACUAAUGAGCCAGCCUAACCCUGCGUACAAGGUGCACUGGUACAACCAUUGA